AUCUUUAAAAUUGCUACAUUCAAUGCUUAACGAUUAUACAGCAAAAUAAGCGAAAAUGGCGGCUGCCGUAGAUGCUGUAAGAGAAAAAACUCUCCAAGAUUAUAGAAAAAAGCUUUUUGAGCAUAAAGAAGUUGAAUCUCGCCUGAAGGAGAUGCGAGAUCAUUUAAAAGAUCUAACCAAACAAUAUGACAAGUCUGAAAAUGAUUUAAAAGCUUUGCAAAGUGUCGGUCAGAUUGUUGGUGAAGUUUUGAAGCAACUCACAGAAGAAAAAUUUAUAGUCAAGGCAACAAAUGGUCCACGGUAUGUUGUCGGUUGUCGGCGUCAAUUAGAUAAAAAUAAACUCAAAUCUGGAACAAGAGUCGCUCUUGACAUGACGACUCUUACAAUUAUGCGAUAUUUACCUCGUGAAGUGGAUCCAUUAGUUUACAAUAUGUCUCACGAAGAUCCGGGUGACGUUACUUAUUCAGAAAUUGGUGGUUUAAGUGAACAAAUUCGUGAACUUAGAGAAGUUAUUGAACUGCCCUUAUUAAAUCCUGAACUGUUCCAGAGGGUAGGGAUUACACCACCUAAGGGCUGUUUGUUGUACGGACCACCAGGAACUGGAAAAACUUUACUCGCUAGAGCCGUAGCGAGUCAAUUGGAUGCAAACUUUUUGAAAGUUGUAUCCAGUGCAAUUGUAGAUAAAUAUAUAGGUGAAUCUGCUAGAUUAAUCAGAGAAAUGUUUAAUUAUGCCCGUGAUCAUCAACCUUGUAUAAUAUUUAUGGACGAAAUUGAUGCUAUUGGGGGUCGUAGAUUUUCCGAAGGAACAAGUGCAGAUCGUGAAAUUCAAAGAACUUUAAUGGAAUUACUGAAUCAAAUGGAUGGUUUUGAUUCGUUAGGACAAGUCAAAAUGAUAAUGGCUACGAAUAGACCAGAUACAUUAGAUCCAGCUUUAUUACGACCUGGAAGAUUAGAUAGAAAAAUUGAAAUUCCAUUACCUAAUGAACAAGCUAGAUUGGAAAUUUUAAAAAUCCAUGCUAAUCCUAUUGCCAAACAUGGAGAAAUAGAUUAUGAAGCUGUUGUGAAACUUUCCGAUGGCUUCAAUGGUGCAGAUUUAAGAAAUGUUUGCACGGAAGCUGGACUAUUUGCAAUUCGCUUAGAACGUGAAUAUGUUAUACAGGAAGAUUUUAUGAAAGCUGUUAGAAAAGUAUCAGAUAAUAAGAAAUUGGAAUCAAAAUUGGAUUAUAAACCAGUGUAAAAAUAAAACUAUUUCAUUGUAUUUUUAUUAUAAAAAUUUACGUGGAUAACAUGAUUUAUA